GGAUCGGGAGGAGGGACGCGGGACACGGCGCGGAUCGGGAGCCCCGCGGCUCGACCCAGCACGCAGCUCCCACGCGGGGCGGCGCCGCGCUUGGCUGUUACCCAGCGCUCGACCCCCGCCGGACGCUCCGCUCCCCACGCCGCUGCACCGGGCCGCACCCCCGCCUCCAAAACACACUGACUCCCCCGCGCCGGGCACAGGCACCGCCCGUGGCUUUCCGGGUCUGCCCUCCCUGCCGCCCACGUACAGACCUGUCUCUGCCGGGGGCUUUCCGUGAUAGCAUCGGGACCACUGACAGCUCCGUUGGAAUCGUCUCACAGGACCCGAAAAACAGGAGUCAUCAUGGAUCUGGUCCUGGAAGCCGCUGAUCGGAACCUUCUCACGCCCUACGUGUACCCCACCGGCUGGCCUGAGAACGAGCCCUUCCGCCAGCUCCUCAGCCUCUUUGUCAUCACCAACCUGGGAGCCCUCGUUCUCUACCUGCUUUUCGGCACCCUCAGCUACUACUUCAUCUUUGACCACAAACUCAUGAAGCAUCCCCAGUUCUUAGAGAACCAGGUGCGUCGGGAGAUCACCUACGCGCUGCGCUCGCUGCCCUGGAUCAGUGUGCCCACUGUCGCCCUGUUCUUCGCCGAGGUGCGGGGCUACAGCAAGCUCUAUGACAACAUUGAGGAUUCCCCAUAUGGCUGGCCAGGUGUCUUUCUCAGCAUGCUGUCCUUCUUGUUCUUCACCGACAUGGGCAUCUACUGGAUACACCGUGGUCUACACCACAAACUGUUCUAUAAGCGCUUCCACAAGCCCCACCACCUCUGGAAGAUCGCGACGCCCUUCGCCAGCCAUGCCUUCCACCCCGUUGAUGGCUUCAUGCAGAGCCUGCCCUACCAUGUCUACCCCUUCCUCUUUCCCCUGCACAAAGUCACCUACUUGGGCCUCUACAUCUUCGUCAAUGUCUGGACCAUCUCCAUUCACGACGGUGACUACCGCGUCCCCCGCCUCCUGCGGCACAUCAUCAACGGCUCAGCUCACCACACUGACCACCACUUGUACUUUGACUACAACUAUGGGCAGUAUUUCACCCUCUGGGACAAGAUUGGGGGCUCCUACAAGAGCCCCUCGGCCUUUGAGGGCAAAGGCCCCCACGACUACUUGCGCAAGCUACAGGAGAAGGGCCUAGGGGCACCCAAUGGCUCUCCAGUUGCCAAGACCGAGUAGGGCUCCCCAUGGCUCAGCCCCUCUCCAGGAUGAGAUUCUUGGGCUAGACCUCAUCCCAUUCCUCCCCAGCCACUGAAGACUACUUCCCUGUGGACAAAGAGCCCCUGCCCCUGACAGCACAAGCAGCACAGGGUGAUUCUUGGUGAGUGCUUUGGUCCCAGUCCCGAAGCAGCAGCAUCGGGCCUCGCCCUACUCUGUGGACCUGCCCUUCUUCCCCUAUCAGUCCCCCUCCCGACUGCCUUUGGAUCUCUCCUGAGCUGCCUGCACUACUUCAGGACUGUGCUGCUGCUUUACAAAAAGAGCAGCACUAUGGCACAAACAGAACAAUGAUGUGGCACAAGCCGAACAGUGACCUGGCUGCUGGCAGGGUCUCCGUCCGUGCCGCACGCCUCCGUUGGUGAUUGGGCACUGCAGAGUCCCUCAGGAUGAGCUGAGUUGAAUCAAGUCAAGAGACUUUUUUUAAUUCUGAGCUGUAUUUUGCAAAAAAAAUCAAAAGUCCCAACCACACCUUUUGGAGAUGGCGUGGGUCCUCGGGAUGGCUUGGCCUCAGGACACGGUGGGACCCCUCGGUGCUCAGCCUGCUCCCCUUCCUUUUGCCCAGGGACUUUCUGUGGGGUGCUGACAGGACAGGUCCCAGCCUGUGGGACAAAGAUGUGUUUUUAGUCCUGUGGGUCCCACAAGCGCUCUGAGAACACAAGAACUCUGAGGAAUAGGUGACCUGAGGCAAGGGGUGGGGGCUUCUCCUCACUUGAGGGUUUGUGGCUGGCUUUCCCCCUUAAUGCCCAGUGUGUUUCCUGCUGAAACCUGGCUGCCCUGUCCUUGGGUUCUGCUUGCGUUCAUUAAAUCGCAUUUGCCAA